AUGAUAAACUGGAACGAUUCCUGCCUCGAGGAUCUUCAGUGGUGGUCAGAAGAGGAUCAUCUGACCACCGGUGUAAGUCUUGCCCUCCCAAUUCCAGACGUACAUCUGUAUUCAGAUGCCUCAGAUCAGGGUUGGGGUGCAACCCUGGAGGAAGCUCAGGUCAAGGGCCUUUGGAGGGUUUUGGAUCAGGAGGAGUUAAUAAAUUUCCGAGAAUUAAGAGCCAUAGAGGAGCCUCUGUUAAGCUUCAAAGAUCAAGUCUUGGGGAAAGUCGUAGCACUCUUUUCAGACAACGCUACAGCACUAGCUUAUCUAAAGAAAGAGGGAGGUACAAGGUCGUCAACCCCGAACAUCGUAGCUCAGAGAAUCUUUCAAUGGUGCGAAAGCCACAAGACCUUUUUACUCCCGCAGUUCAUUGAGGGAAAACUCAACGUCCUAGCAGAUGCGCUGCCAUUCGAAAGAAGUCCAAGGAAGCGAAUGGACAGUAAAGCUGGAGGUAGUCCAAUCACUGUUAAAGAGGUGGCCAGCCAUAGUGGAUCUGUUCGCCACAAGGUUGAACUAUCGUCUCCCGGUAUAUUUCUCUCUGGUAGCAGACCCUAUGUCUUGCGGGACGGACGCUAUGCUCCACCCGUGGGACAAUCUCCAUUCGGCCUCAUUCAUCAGAUACUGGCAAAGCUAAGAGGGUACAAGAAUAUGGAGAUGACCCUAAUUGCUCUGUUUUGGCCUCAGAGACCAUGGUUCCCGGAUCUCAUGGAAGUGCUGUCUGAACCCCUGAUCCUCCUGCCACGAAAUAAGGAUCUUCUCAAACAGCCGCAUUUUCAUCAUUACCACAAGAACCUUCCCGUGCUCAACGUAGCUGCACGGAGACUGUGCAGCGAGCAGCCCGAAGGUCCGGUCUUUCGGAAGGAGUGGCUCGACAAGUUUCUAUUUGCCUGA